AUGGGCGCAAGUGUCUCGUGGCUGUCGGGGAUGUUAUUUGCAAAGAAGGAGAUCCGGAUAUUGAUUUUGGGACUGGAUAACGCUGGAAAGACUACACUACUAUACAGAUUGAAGAUUGGAGAAGUGGUAACUACGAUACCGACAAUUGGAUUCAAUGUGGAAUCAGUGACAUAUAAAAAUCUAAAUUUCAAUGUUUGGGAUCUUGGAGGUCAGACAUCGAUUCGACCUUAUUGGCGCUGCUAUUACGCCAAUACCGCUGCCGUAAUAUUCGUUAUUGAUUCCACGGAUAUCGAUCGAUUAGGUACUGCAUCAGAGGAACUGGCAGCGAUGUUGAACGAAGACGAGUUAAAGGAUGCCGCAUUACUGGUAUUUGCGAAUAAACAAGAUCAACCGGGGGCGAAAGGAGCUGGUGAAAUUUCCGAGGCUUUAAGACUAGGAGAGUUAAAGGAUAGAAAUUGGAGUAUAGUGGCAUGCAGUGCCGUAGAUGGUAGUGGUGUGGAUGAGGGGAUGGAUUGGCUUGUUCAAACUGUGCAGCAAGAGUCGUAA